UCAGUGAAAGAUGUUUAUUUCAUUGUUGGUCUACCUAAAUAUUCAAUUGCAAAAAUGGAAAUUUUACUCGCGAAUGUCAAUAACAUAGAUUUUAAAAUAGAACGAGAUUUGAUUGAACAAAUUGGUGCCGUCGCUUUACCAUUCUUCGGAAUGGACAAAUCGAUGGCUGCCGUUUGUCAAUUUGUGAGUACCCAAAAUGGUUUGGAGUGUGAGAAAGGCUCAUCCUGCCCCUUCCGUCAUAUUAGAGGAGAUAGAACUAUAGUGUGCAAGCACUGGCUAAGAGGAUUAUGUAAAAAAGGAGAUCAAUGCGAAUUUUUACAUGAAUAUGAUAUGAAAAAAAUGCCAGAAUGUUACUUUUACUCUCGAUUUAAUGCGUGUCAUAAUAAGGAAUGUCCCUUUCUUCAUAUCGAUCCGGAAAGUAAAGUAAAAGAUUGUCCAUGGUAUGAUCGGGGCUUUUGUAGACACGGGCCGCAUUGCAGACAUCGUCACGUGCGUCGUGUACUUUGUAGUAAUUACUUGGCCGGCUUUUGUGAAAAUGGUUGGAAUUGUAAAUUUAUGCAUCCCCGAUUCGAACUGCCACCAAUUUCAGACACAACAAAAGAAAUUAUGCUUAAAAAGGUGCCAACUUGCCACUUUUGUGGAGAACUGGGACAUAAAGCUUCGGCGUGUAAAAAAAAUCCUGAUGCUAACGAAAGUAGUGAAAACCGUUUCAAAUUUAAUGGCUUCCAAAAACAAAAUCAAGCGUACAAUUUUAAAGAAAAUACAGAAGGUAAAAACGGAACUGAGCAUGUGUCGUCGAGCAACAACUUUACAAAGGUGCCAAAGCCUUUAGAUGAAAUCACUUGCUACAAAUGUGGAAAUAAAGGGCAUUACGCAAAUAAGUGCCCUAAAGGUCACUUAGCUUUUUUAUCAAAUCAAAGAAGCCACAAAUAAAUAAAUUAGCAAUGAAAUUACCAA